CAAUUGGUGAUGAAUGUUUUAAGGGAUGUAGUGAUAUUGAUAAUAUUAAUAUCCCCACAUAUAUUGAGUCAUUAGGAAAUAAAUGUUUUUACAGGUGUAAAUCAUUAACUUCUAUUAACAUACCAACUUCUGUUAAUAAAAUUGGAGAUGAAUGUUUUGAUGAAUGUUCAUCAUUAACAUCAAUUAAUAUACCUUCAUCAAUUAGUAAAAUAGGAGAUGAUUGUUUUAGUGGAUGUACGUCAUUAAAAUCAAUUAAUAUACCAUCAUCUGUUAGUAAAAUAGGAAAUGGUUGUUUUAAUGGAUGUAUGUCAUUAACAUCAAUUAAUAUACCAACAUCGAUUAUUGAAAUGGGAAAUGAUUGUUUUAGUUGGUGUUUAACAUUAACAUCAAUUAAUAUACCAUCGUCUGUUAGUAAAAUAGGAAAUAGUUGCUUUUACGUAUGUACAUCAUUAACAUCAGUUACUAUACCAACAUCAAUCAAUAAAAUAAGAGAUUGGAGUUUUAAUGGAUGUAUUUCAUUGAAAUCAAUUAUUGUUCCAUCGUCAAUUACUAAAUUAGGAGAUGGAUGUUUUAGAUAUUGUUCAUCAUUAACAUCAAUUAACAUCCCACCAUCUGUUAUUAAAAUAGGAAAUAGAUGCUUUUGUAAAUGUUCAUCAUUAACAUCUAUUAUUAUACCAACAUCAGUUGGAUAUAUAGACGAAAAAUGUUUUUGUAAAUGUACAUCAUUACAAUUAAUUAAUAUUCCAACAACAGUUGAGUAUAUAGGAAAUAAAUGUUUUUAUAAUUGUUUAUCAUUAACAUCAAUUAAUAUACCAUCUUCAGUUGAAUAUAUAGGAGAUGAUUGUUUUAGUGGAUGUAAAUGUGAAGAAGAACUAAAGAAGGAUAAGAGAAUAAGAGGGAUCUACAACCAAAACGAUGAAGAAAAAUCUCAGAAUGGUGAUAAAUGUGUUAUUGUCUAA